AUGCUCAAGUCUCUCCUCAUCGUCGCCGCGGCGGCCCUGGCUGCGGCCGUCCCGCUCGACGAGGAGCUGUUCGGACGGUCGGUGGACAUGGGCAGCCAGCUCCACUCCGACGGCAUCGAGGGCCGGUCGGCGGCGGCGGGCUCGCCCGAGGGCAACGGGUUCCACAGCGGCUACUUCUACUCGUUCUGGUCCGACGGGCAGGGCAGCGUGACGUACAACAACCUGGCCAACGGGUCGUACGAUGCCAAGUGGAGCAACGUGGGCAACUGGGUGGGCGGGAAGGGCUGGAACCCCGGCGGAGCCAAGACGAUCCAGUACAACGGCACGUGGAAGGCGGCCAACGUCAACUCGUACCUGGCCCUAUACGGCUGGACCAAGAACCCGCUCAUCGAGUACUACAUUGUCGAGAGCUACGGGUCCUACAACCCCAGCAGCGGCGCGUCCAAGAAGGGCACCGUCACCAGCGACGGCGGCACCUACGACAUCUACCAGACCCAGCGCGUCAACCAGCCCUCCAUCGUCGGCCGCGCCACCUUUACGCAAUUCUGGUCCGUCCGCACCAGCAAGCGCGUCGGCGGCCAGAUCUCGACCGGCACCCACUUCGAUGCCUGGACCAAGAGCGGCCUCAAGCUCGGCGCCCACGACUACAUGAUCCUAGCCACCGAGGGCUACCAGAGCAGCGGGUCGUCGGCCAUUACUGUCAGCGAGGUCGGCGUCACUGGGGUGCCGUACCCCAACGAGCCCGACUCGAGGAAACCAAACAACUAG